UGUAAAUGCUUUUGAGGUUAUGUUUUUCAUUGUCAGUAAUAUCCCGUUUACAACACGUGUUUACGUUUUUUAUAACGUGUUAUAGACAUAAAAACACAAAAUGGCAAAAUCCAUUCGUAGUAAAUGGAAGAGAAAGUGUAGAGCAUUUAAAAGGAUAAGGUAUGGAGCAAAAGAAUUGGAGAGGUUAAAGAAGACACUGGGUAUCGAUGAAAAGGGAACACAAGAAGUUGAAAUGACAGAAAUAUCAAAAAUUGCCACAGUUGUCGAUGCUGAAACAAUAAAGGAGAGUGCAAAGACAAAUGAAAAUACUGAAGCACAGGGUACAGACACAAUGGAAGUUGAUAGUGGUGUAAAACGAGUUUACAACAAGAGGACAAUGAGGGAUCAGUAUGGAAACUAUCCAAUAUGGAUGAGCAAACGUAGUAUUGCCAAACAUAAAAAGGGUAGAGCGAAGUCACGAAAGGGAACAACAAGGCCACAGAAAAGGUUAACUAGAAAACAGAAAAAACAGCGAAACAAAAGUGAAGUUAAAACUACUAGCGAUAACUAA